AUGAACGAUCAAAAAGAUGAUAUCGCGGAUGACGACGAUAACGAUACGGAUGAUGAUGAUGAUGAUGACAUAUAUUAUGGUGCAAAAGCUCUAACAGCUGAUUUCCCGGUUCAAAAACAAGCACCUCCGGCUUUGCCUGAGAACGAAUUGGACUACGGGAUAAACGUCGACAAUGAACCAAAAGUGAUCUUUGCAAUACCUUUGAUUUAA